CUGAAAAAAUAUUCCCUAUAUCAAGCAAUGCUUAAUACUAGUUAACCUGCGAAGACUUAGAGUUUUGAAGUAUUUUAAUGGAUCGUUUAAAGUUUAACGAGAAAGCAUCCUUACUAAACAAUAUGGCGUCCCAUAAGCCCGUCUACAUCGCCCUUAUUGUCGUGUCGUGGCUGUUCUACAUUGGUGCCAUCAUUGCCGGGACAUCGACGAGGUUCAUUUAUGAUGCAGCUAGUGCCAAAAACGAGACGAAGAACGUUACCUAUGAUGACACCCUCAUCAACCCUGCUCCCUGGACGUUUGGAGUCGUCUGGUCAAUCAUUUUCCUCUACCAGGGCAUUUGGAUUAUAUACGUCACAGCCUCCAUCUUCCGACGUGGAAAGAUCACCAAAAGCUACGUGUACACCAUGGAAGGAAUCUGCCCUCCGCUAACAUACGUCUUCUUCAUUCUCGGCUGCGCAGGCGCAAUUGUCUGGAGCGUUGUUUUUGUCUACGAAAUUCUGCUGCCAAAUUUGUUCCCGUUGUUGUUCGCAUGGUUUUCCCUCUAUGCUGCUUUGAUCAUCUGCUACAGGGAUUCCGAGAAUCAUUUCUUGAACGUUGUCAAAGAUGGGUUGUUAGUCGACGUGGUACUAGUCCGUGCGUUCAUUCACAAUGGGCUUGCAACCUUCGCAACCUGGGUAACCUUGGCCUUCUUCGUACAGCUUUCAGUUGUUUUGAAAUACGUAACAAUGGCGGACGAGCUCGUGUCAAGCAUCGUCAUCCUUGCAGUAAUUCUCGUUUUGUUGAUCGUCUGGUUUGCAUUCAACAAUUUUAUCUUCCCAAAGUUCUGUCAGUUCACCUUCACACCCUAUUUUGUUGUGUUGCUUGCAACUGCUGGGAUCAUUUCCGAUGGUUUCGAUACAUCGAACGCCGCCUUACUUUUUGCACUUGUCAUUCUCAUCGUUGACAUUGUGUUGCUAAUUGUUACGAUUGUUUUGGUGGUGCGUCGCUUUAAGUCGAAAUCGUUGGCUGGCCUUGCUGUUCCAAGCAUCUAA